CUCGCUAGUUUUUUAUCAGUUAGGAUAGGAGAUUACAAAUUGCCGGGAUGUUUUGUUUAAUGAAACAGAAAUGAUUACAAAUGUUGAUUAUUAUGGUUUAAGAUGUCGAAUAGUGAUGAAUUUUUGAGCCAGGAGUGUUACAUUUAUUUACCAAGAUUGGAAGGAAUCGAUCAAGCGUCCAGGCAAACUCGAUCAAAACGUAAUUUAAACGAAGUAGAUUCUGAAAGUGAAAGUGAAACCAAUUAUCGAACAUCAAAUAGAAUGUCUCGGCCUACAAGAAAACGAGGUAGUGGUGAAGUUGAGGAGCCGCCACAGCACACUAACAAGGCUAAAGGAGGACCUUUGAGUGUUAAGAAAGUGAAGUUUGGACUAAACUAUGACCCCGAUAAGGACAACCUAUCUUUCACACCAGUCAACCCUGACAAAUAUACUCCAGUUUCGGUCAUUAUUCAACCAACUUAUUCUGAUGCUGUCUCUGAUUGGUGUUGUUUCCCACUAACCAAAACUCAAUCCAAAAAGAUAAAUGUCGAUAACUAUUGUGUACUUUUGCGAUUAGCUUAUUUCAAUAAGCAAGAUGGCGGUUACGAAGACAUUUUUGACUAUGGAAUGAACAUUCGUGUUAAUGAUGUCGCCUUGCCUCUCACAGCUCCGACUGAAGAAGACCCGAAUGCGCCUCUAGAUGGUCCCGCUGACAUCACACGCUACCUCAUAGCUGAAGGGGCUAGUAUUGAAAGAGUCCGAAUUUCCUUCGAUGGGCAAGCUAAGCCACAUAUUUUUUCGAUUAUUUUCUGUAAAAAAAAGAAGGAUGAACUACCGUUUGUUAGUUUGCGGUAUUUAGUGCCAAACCAAACUUUCAAGCUUGCUCAUCGCGUUAAUGAAAGAUUUAUGACAGAUAUGAACAAACUAUUUCGCAAAGUUUAUACUUUGUUGGAUCCCAUAUCUAAGCAAAGGAUUGAAACUCCUGUCCGAGGUGCGUCAUGUUCACAUGUUGAAUGUUUUGAUCUCAAUACUUUUCUACGAGCUAAUCGUCGUAAAUUGGAAUGGUCUUGUCCAAUUUGCUCGAAACAACUAAAAGAAGAUCAAAUCGUAGUUGAUGGUCUAUUCAAUUCAAUUAUUGCCAAAACUUACACAUCCUGUACUGCGGUCGAGCUUGAUUCCCAAGGAGGUUGGUCCCCUGUUUACCGCGAAAAAGUUUUCCGAGUCCGAACUGUUGAUUUGGAGAAUGACAUCAGUGAAGGUGAAGACGAUGAAGAGCCGGAAGAAGAGAUCAGAUCUCCCGAAGGACCCUUGUCUCCUGUUGACGUUCCACCUGAACUUGAAGAGCCAGAAGUUUCUUUGGAAGAAAAUGAAUUUCAUGGUGGAAUGAAUGGCGAUGAGCCAAUGAAUAUUUCUAAAGAAGCUGAAACACAAACCGGCCAUUUGUGGAGUCCUAGCUACGAGGGAGAAAAUUCAGCCUCGGCUGGUGAAAACCCUGACCAGAGUGAGCCCGACGUGUUUGACCAUGAUACAAAUGAAGCCGCCAUUCAUGGUAAUCCUACCACAGUAAUUCAAAGAGUCGAUGAUGACAGGUCACACGAGAUGGAAGAAGCUCAAUAACAAGCUCACACUUUAUCUUAUUCAUUCCUAUUUUUUCUAUACUUGAUACUUUUAACUUUGAUUUAAUUCAACAUUUCUCAUAAUCUAGGUUUAAUUAUCAAAUUUCUUGUCAAAUCCCUUACCCCCGCACUAUAAAAAAGUACUAAGUCCUUCAUACAGUUCCAUUUAUCCAUAAAAUUUUCAUUCUCUAAUGCUUAAAAUUUUACUAUCUUACAUGAACAAAAAUUUUCUCAAAUGUUUAUUGAAAGCUGACUUAAAAGUUGAAAUAUCUGAUAAAUUUCAUUCAUUUUCCGAAUAAAAAUAAAUCGAGUUAAUUAUAUCAA